UGUUACUUUGAAGGGUUUUCUUAGUCCUGGGGGUGUCUGAAGAUGUGGCAGCAGCAGACCUUUUAUCUUGUUCUGUUGGGGAUCGUCACAGGUCAGUGUAUCACUUCUGUUUAAUGUUUGGGUCACAAAUGGUUCCUCAAAAAGGUUUCAAAGUUCGAAGACUUACAAGAGACAAAUAAACAAUUGAAAUCUUUGUCGGAAAGAGAAAGACCUGAGAGUAAACAUGUGAGCGGCCAUGAUUUAACAGCAGAACUAAAAGGGCAAACUUUUGGCUGGACAUGAUCAUGCGGAAGUGCUCGCAAAAAUGCACAUGAUUCAUACGAGCAGGGUGUCUCUCGGUCUCUUGGGACAUGGCGGUGUCUCCGGUGGUCUUUGCCCCCAGAGGAGAAGACGUGGUCCUCCCCUGCUCCUUUACUCAUCCCGAACAGCAGAGCUACUCCGGGGAGAUCACCUUGAAAUGGCUGGCGAGAGAAUCAAACGCUAAGCCGUUCUUCGUCUGCUCUGUUAGAAACGAUUCCAUCCAGGGGAAAUACGGCUGUGCAGAGUCUCAGUUAAAAUAUUCUCUGAAGGGUGACCUUCGUCGGGGGGAGCUGUCCCUCCUCAUCAGAAGACUCCAACUGGGUGAUAACGGCACAUUCUUCUGCAGGGUGGAGCUGCAGGGUUUUCGGAAAUUUAUCCAGAAAGAGACGCAGCUGUAUGUGACAGUUCAACCCCAGAUCCCGAGCUUGUCCGUGGUGGAGCCGGGUUCGGGUUCAGACGGCACCCCCCGGAGGCUGCAGUGUGAGGUGGAGGGCCACCCGCUGCCCAGCAUCACCUGGCUGUCGGCCUCCGGGCGCCCAAUGGAGGACCUGGAGGUCAAGAACUCGCAGACCGGCCCGGCUUGGGUGCUCAGCUCGGUGCCGUACCUGCAGGAGGACGUGCUGACCUGCAGGGUGGAGAGCUGGCUGGGGGCCGCAGAGCGGAGAUACCCAGCCGUGGACAGUAAGACUCUGAUCGUCUCUCUGAGUGUGAGCGGCCUCAUCGUGCUGCUGCUGCUGCUGCUGUGCACUGGACUCAUCGUUUACAGGAGGAGCAGAGCUCGAGCCGCCACAUCUCCAAUCUAUGAAAACGUUGAAACAGUCGAGAAUCACCAUCUGCAGGUCUCUGACCGUCCUGUUGGGGGCAACGUUGAGCUCCAGCUGGUUUACUCUGCUGUCAGUCUGACCCACGCCACUUCCUCUCAACAUGCCAGGGUGAGGAGCCCCGUGUGCCAGCCGGUGGAGCCGGCGGUCUUCUACUCUCCUGUGAACGUGCGCAGUGAAUAAGAAAUAUCAACACCUCUGGGAGGUGUCGUCUGGGGUGGGAGGAGUACUCAGGUCUUGUACUUGAGUAAAGUAGAAGUACUCAGGUCUUGUACUUGAGUAAAGUAGGAGUACUCAGGUCUUGUACUUGAGUAAAGUAGGAGUACUCAGAUCUUGUACUUGAGUAAAGUAGAAGUACUCAGGUCUUGUACUUGAGUAAAGUAGAAGUACUCAGGUCUUGUACUUGAGUAAAGUAGAAGUACUCAGGUCUUGUACUUGAGUAAAGUAGAAGUACUCAGGUCUUGUACUUGAGUAAAGUAGAAGUACUCAGGUCUUGUACUUCCUGUACACCCGCAUGAUAGGCAUGCUGUUUAGCUGCUGACUGAAGUUAAAAACAAACAAAAGAAAGAACCAUAUGUUUGAAUCCAUCCUUUCUUUGAGAAAUGAAAUCAUUCCGUUCUUAAAGCUUUUUAAUUCCUGCUGUUUUUGUUUCCAUGUUUUACUUGUUCAACGCAGUCAGAUGUUUUCUCUGUUGUUAUUUGCUGUAUUGUAUUUCAUCUCUAGCCUUUUUUGGAGAAAUGAAACUAUAACCGUAGUUUAUUUGUGCUGUUUUUUAUUUUCAUUUAUUCUAUUUUUUUAUAUUAGGAUUGUAAUUUGUUUCAUUUAAAGGAUGUACUUUCAUUGCUUUAUAAAUAAAAACAGUUCAGUGUGAUUUUCCUGCAGCAGGGGGCUCCACUCACUUUACUCCCUGCUCAGUGUUCCCUGCUUUGGGCCUCUCCCUUUAUUAGAGAUGUUUCUAUGGAUGGAUUACAGGA